GGUGACGUAACGCUCUGUCGGGGGGAGUUCAGACUCUCAACAGUUAACGUACGUUAGUAACUGUUAACACACUAAGUAACCUGAGCAUCCUUGACUUCGGUGUAAUUAGCUAUAUAUAGACAAAUGCUGAAUCACAAUAGCUAGCCAGAGUGCGACAGCGAAGAGUAUGAUAAACAAAACUGCUGCUAAAAGUUAUGAAUGGUUGGACUCUAAAACUUGCUAGCCACCCCCAGCCUGAGUCUACCGGUGGAGAAAGAGUCAACUGGCUGCAAGCUAACGCGAAGCUAGGCAAACAUUCCUCGGCUAUCUGGAUCCGAUGACAGACGUUCACUUAUCUUGCUGCUCGCUGGCAAUUGACGUGGUGGCUGUGAACUAGGGGUGCUGUCAAAAUUCAAAUUCAAUGUAUACAAGUGACAACAGAAGCUGUGUCGUUAGUUUGACUCCCUACUGCACUGGAAGGCAAGAUAAUGUUAGCUAGCUGCGGCGGGCGGCAUUAGCUUUAGCAAAACAAGAGGUCUGCCUGAAGGAGUCAGCUGACAGUCUGCUGUAAGCUGCCAAUAGACCAGUGAUGGAUCAACUGAAAGUAAAGGAUCGCAUAUUGGAAAACAUCUCCCUGUCUGUCAAGAAGUUGCAGAGUUACUUUGCAGCCUGUGAAGAUGAGACUCCCGCCAUCCGAAAUCAUGACCGGGUCCUGCAGCGUCUGUGUGAACACCUUGACCACGCUCUGCUGUAUGGGCUGCAGGACAUCUCCUCAGGCUACUGGGUCCUGGUCCUUCACUUCACUAGGAGAGAGGCUGUCCGACAGAUAGAUGAGCUUCAGCACAUUGCAACCAACCUUGGUCGAAGUCGUGCAUGGUUGUACCUGGCAUUGAGUGAGAGCUCUUUAGAGAGCUAUCUACGCCUUUUCCAGGAGAACCAAGCAUUACUACAGAAGUAUUACUUCAAGAAUGCACUGGUCUGCAGUCACGACCACCUCACACUCUUCCUCACACUGGUGUCCGGCCUGGAGUUCAUUCGCUUUGAUCUGGAGCUGGAUGUGCCCUAUCUGGACGUGGCCCCCUACAUGCCAGAAUACUACAAACCCCAGAACCUGCUGGACUUUGAGGAAAGGCUGCCCAGCUCAGACAGCUUGUCCCUGCACUCCUUCACUUCCCUCACCUCCACUAACCUGGAGUGGGAUGACAGCGCCAUAGCCCCCUCCAGUGAAGAUUAUGAUUUCGGUGACAUCUUCCCCGUGUUGCAGUCAUUGCCAAGUGCAGACUGGGAAGAGGGUGAUCUGACCGACCAGGCCAGCUGUCCGCGAUCCAGUGGCUCUGAUCCCCAGACAGUCAUCAGCGACACAGUGGUCCUUUCUGCCAGCACUGUUAAGGUGAAGGUGGCGGCACAUCUUUCUCCACACAGCCCCACAUCUAGGCACAACCCCUUCAAUGAGGACUCAGACACCAACACCUCAGCCGACGUCACGCCGGUUCAUGUGGCCAGCCACCAAAACAACGGCACCACCACUGGAGAUGACAUGGAGAACGCCAGCAAUGAGCUGGAAGUCAUCAGGAUGGCCAGACGAAGGAAACCAGCCAAGAAGCGACGAGGGAAGGGUUCCACAGAUUCCAGCAGCAGCAUCCAUAACUCUGUCUCCUCCGAGCACAUGGAAAUGGACAACACCCUCCUGGCCUCGGACGAUGUGGAUUCGUUAAACGGCACUGUAAUUCACCUGGAUGCUGAGGCAGAGUUGAGGAGAAGCAGGGUGGGAUCAGAGGUUGUGGAGGAAGGAGAUGAGGACGGAUUAGAAGGCCUCCUGCGGCUCCCGGAAAUGACGGACACCUCCAUGGACACGGUGGGCCAACCCCUCCGUGAUGUCAUGGACCGGCUCAACGGGGCUCUGGAUAGGGAGGAGGCCUGGGACCACCCUGAGGAGGGGGAGGAGAAAAACAGUAAAGGCUGUGACCAGGGCCCCGAACCCCCUGCACAGCAGCCCUUUCGAGAGGAUUCAGGGGGCAAGCCACCUGACCGAGCCCCCAGAGAGAUGUCUCUCACCCCUCUGGCCACGAGCCCCAACUUCCUGCAGGCCUCUCCUGCGCCUGCAGACUUAUGCUGCUUUACCCCCUUCAGUCCAGACUCUACUCCCACGGGUCGUGGCCACUAUGACUCUUCAGAGCAUAGCCAGUCACAGACUCUUUCAGGUGGCCUUGAAGGUGAAGGAGAGGCAAAAGCAGCAGCAGGACAAGAGCCCGACGUGAAAACCGGGGAGGAAGACGCAGUAGGAGAUGAAAGGGACAAGAAUAUUUUUACUGAGGAAGCGGAAGAACUACAAGAGGAGCUUAGUCCCUCUGAAAUUUCUCAUCCUGCAGAGUUUAAGGUGGACAACAAUCAUUUGCUUCUUCUCAUGAUUCAUGUGUUCAGAGAGAAUGAAGAGCAGCUCUUCAAGAUGGUGAGAAUGAGUACAGGCCAUAUGGAGGGGGACCUGCAGCCACUUUACUUGCUGCUGACUGACUGUUACAUUUACCUGCUUAGGAAGGGUGCAGCAGAGAAGCCCUACACAGUAGAAGAUGCUGUUUCUUAUAAUGAGCUGGACUAUCUUUCAGUGGGCCUUGACCAGCAGACAGUAACGGUGGUUUGCACCAACAGACGAAGAAAAUUCCUGUUGGACACAGCUGAUGCCUCUCUGACUUUGUGGUUCUUGUCUGUUCUUAAGUCAGCCAUGGUGAAGGGUUGUCGUGAGCCUCCUUACCCCUCUGUUCUGACUGAUGCUACCAUGGAAAAACUGGCUCUCACUAAGUUUGUCUCCCAGGAAUCUCAGUGUGAGGUUUCUGAAGUGUCUAUUCAACUGUAUUCACUGGUCCACUGGGAGGACCCAAUGGACAUGACUCUGUCACCCCAGGGUGGCCCAUCAAGGUCUGGAGUACCUUCCAGCACCAAAGAGGGGACUGUGCAGUACCGGGCUGGGUCCACCUACCUGGGAAAAGAGCUGUGGAAAAGCUGCUACCUCGUCCUCAGCAAUGGGAUUCUGUACCUUUACGCAGAAAGAACUGAUGUGACACCUGUGAUGUCAGUCACUAUGGGAGGAGAGCACUGUGGAGGCUGCCGUCGCUCAAAUAGCACAGAGCGUCCCCACGCCUUCCAGGUCAUCCUGACAGAGCGGCCUCCGCUGGAGCUCAGCGCCAGCAAUGAACAGGACAUGGCUGAUUGGAUGCAACUGCUCUGCCAGUCCGUCUCCAAAGGGGUCAUCCCUCAGGGUGUGGCCCCGACUCCAUGUAUCCCAUGUUGCCUGGUGGUGACAGACACGAAGCUGCUAACUUGCCAUCAGGACUGUCAGACCAGCUUCUUCCGUUCGCUGGGCAGCAUUGAUAUCUGUGAUGUCACUGCCGUCAGCGUGGAGGCUGGGAAGCAGUACUGUGUUAUUGAGUUUGCAGCAGAUCGAACCCAGUUCCUCCCUCCAUGGGUCCUGUAUUUCAGCGGCUGUGAGGAGAGAGACCGACUGUUGGAGGCAUUAGACAUUACAUGGAAGGCCAUUUUCCAGGUUGACCUUCCCCACAGAGAGGUGUGGGAUCCGUCUGUGCAGAAGCGCUGCCGUGAGGCCCUCGCCCUGAUGAAGAGUGCCUGGCAGAGAGCAGACAGUCUGGCCCGAGGCAGAGCUCAGCGUGAACCCUGGUGCUGACGGACACACACAGGCACACAUACACUUACCUGUGGGUAGCCAGUGAGACAGACUGACCAUACCAGUCUGAUAUAGUUCCAGGAUAGAUGGAUUUAACUCUGGCAUCACGGCCCCUGCAAACUCUUCAGAGUUCAAAGCUGAAAGACUGAGAUAAACCACAGCGUUAGCUUGUGAUGCACCUCUGAUUCGCUGAUGAAAUGUUUCUAUCAGACAAACGUCCUGCAGAAGUAGCAAUGCAUAUGGCACAUCAGAUUUUAUUGCAUCCUGGUGAUACAUUAUUAGCCAUUAUUCAUUCAUUAGCAGUUCUUAAGAAAUAGCAGAAAUGCAGAACAAAUAUGCUGAAUCAAGUAAAAGUUUGUGUCAAAUGUUCUCUAGGUGAUGAUGGAUAAAUGUACGCACAAACAGUAGUAGUGUCAUAGGAAUCCGUCGUGCAUUCAAAGAUAUCCUGCUGAACUGAGAUUGAGAAUUUUGUCUCAACAAAGUAAAUGUCAAAGUUUUCUUCAGAGGAGAAGCCACCUUAAAAUUAACACUGAUGUGCAGAUUUCCUCUUCGAAGCCUUGACUUCAAGAGGUAGACUGCAUAAUGAUAAAACCUAUUUAGUACAUUGAGGAAGCUGAGUUAGGAGAAAGACAAGGAUCCAUAACCAGCAGCUUCCCUGCACAGUGAAAUGAGAGAAUUAUUAUUUUUUCUUUAAAAAAUGAAUCUGGUGACAUAUAUCAGGAAAGCCAUAUAUGAAAGGGCAGUUGCUGCUUAUUUGCGACGUGGAAAAUCUUACACUCCUUGCCUUGCUUACAAAAUAAACCAGUAAUGCUCUCUGCUCGCACAACUCGCACAACUGUGUGAAGAUAAAAGCCACUCUUUGCUUACUAACAGUUACAAGGCGUUCUACUGAACCCUAACUGGGGUACAAUUAUUGAGUAAAUGUACAGCGCUUGUACAGUAUCAGUGCAUAUUCACUGGUGGUUGUGUAUGUGUCUGAUAUUCAGCUUUGGUUCAUACCUCCACACUGAAUUAUUGUCACAUUGUACAUUAACUUAAGAGAAUGAGGAUCUCAAUAUGAAGGAUAUCUGGAUAUUUAACACUUGCACUGUUACAUGACAUGCUCAUGCCUGUGUCGUCUAUCUGAGACUUUACCAAUUCAAAUGUUGUCACGCAGAUAAAAAAAACCCUUCAGGAAAUGCAACAGACUUGCCUUUUUCUCCACUCUGUAGAGACGGGUGGAGGCUUCCAUGCAGACUUGCACAUUGUUAGUCUUUUUUUUUAAUGUUACCAGUUGUGGUUUUGUGCUAAUAUCAUAACAUGUGCUAUGUUAUUUCCAUUUUAGAGAAAGUGGGAACAAUUGUUACUAAAUUAUUCAAUUGAGUGGUGACAUUUUAAUGGUAUUGACUUUUGUGUCUGCAUUAGCAGACGUGUACUUCCCCUUUAGUGUGGGUAAGUAUAACUAAAAAGAAUCCUCUACUAACUGGCGGCUACAAGUACAAAUCUUGGCUUGUCCUUUUUAUUUGCACCAGUGGUUGGUGGCAUCAUACUGUACUGUCCAGUAAGAUCUGGCCAAUCACACACUAAAUUAUAACAUCCCUUUCUGCACUUUUCAUCAUUUAGUGGUAUAGGACCAUGUUUGAAAGAUAUAAAAUCCUUAAAUACCCUUUCACUUAGAGCAAGAGUAGUAUCUGUACUUAGCAUAUUAGUGCUUUCAAAUAGCCUGUAAUAUCAUCCAUUAUUAAAGCUUUACUUGGGGAAGAAUAAGAAUUAGACCCCAAGCCAGACUCUUCGUUUCCCUACAAAUUAUAGUUAGUAGACAGUAAGUGCAUGUGUUACAAUCUGCCCUUAACAUUAACACUGAUGAGAGUAUCGCCGCUCUGUUCGUGGCAGAGUGUACCUGCUUUCAUUGCGAGGCUGAGAUAAGUGUGAGGUUUGUUUUGCAAUGACAAUGUCGCCUUUUUGACAACAUCGACUGAACCGGACAAAAGGCCAAAUCUUUUAAAGUAAAUCAAGCACUAUUUUUUUCCUUUUUGUAGUUGCCUUACACUGCACAAUUUGGCUGACUGCAUUGGAACACCUAAAACAAUCAUUUUAGUUCAUGUUCUAGUUUCUUUUGACAGACAAGUCAAAAUACCGGUAUGUGCUGUGUGUAGGGCUGGGUGUCAAACCUCAAUCCGCUCCGAUUACAGACAUAAUGGCGUCCUUAUUGAAUGUUGGCACAGAAUGCUUAUUCAUUGUCAUUUUGUUAUUCUCUGGGCAGAUGUUGCUGUUAAAAAUCGGGCAGGUUUUAUAACAAAGUUAAGGUAUUGAAAAAAAAUACCACUUUGGUAUUUUUACAAAAACUUGGGUAUUGAAUUGGCACCUGUAUCAAAAACCUUCAAAUGAUACCCAGCCCUGUACAUAUUUCACUUAUGUAUGUUUGUACCAAACUCUUUGUCUUUCAUGUCAGCAUUAAUCAGUGCUUUAUGCCUCUCUAAGUGCCACUUGGUCGCCCUCAUUUCUGCUCUUUUACAAAGAAAUCUAAUCUCAGGUGAAAAAAGGUACGUCACAUCCAAAACCUUAAGACUCACCGUGUGUUUGUUGUUGUUUUUAAGAGCUGCUGUUUUGUCUAAUUCAGUAUUUUUGAAAUCCCUUUUUCUAUUUUGUUUCCUCCCAAUGUUCCAUGCAGCAUUAUGAAGUCCUUUUUGCGCACACAGAGAAGGCUAUGAAGUAAUAUUCAAUUUUGGAGAAGGUUUUUAUGUAAAAGUCCUAAUAAUUCAAGUGGUUCUAAAAUAGGAUUGGUUGGCUGUGUAGCCUCUCCCACAGUGGAUUACUGAAGGACUUUUUGACCAGGGAGAGUUCAGUUGCAAUAGUUGGACUUACUUGAAAUGUUGGAUUAUCAAUUAAAAAACGACCUGCUUAAAGUUGUGGCCUAUGAAGUGUAUGUGCAGUGUUUUGAAUGUGAGACAUUGCUGGCCAAUGAUGGGUGACACCUUGUAAGUGAUGCAUUGUGAAAAAGCGCUGUUUGGUUUUGUUCAUAAAUGUAUACUGCAUGUAAUAUUUGUAUUAUCUUUAGAAGUUUUAUUGAAUUGUAAAUAGAGCACUAAUCAAAUAUAACAGACUGUACACUCACACAUAAAGACGUGCAUGUCCAGAAGGUUUUAUACUGUUCAUAAUAGUGAUGAAUGUACAAAUAAAUCUUUGUGAUUGGACAGUGUAACUGAAUAAACUGAAAUGAAAACCUUGA